AUGGGGCAGGAUAGAUUGUUGGUGAUCACGGAUCAGGUAGCUGUGUCGAUUUCUGCAGUUUCCGAUGCUAUUAAGAAGCUUAGGAAGGAAGAAGUUGUAGUGGUUGAUCCUAUGAUCAUUUAUAUACUGAAUGUCGUAGAAGAGCUCUACAGUCUAAUGUCACUGGAGUCUUCAUCUAUAGAUGAUGUUGUUUCUCUUUGUAAAAAAUUGGAGUUUCCCAGUGAUCAGUUGCUUGGAAAUAUCUCUAGAGUUUUAAAACCUGGUGGAUCUGUCCUUUUUUACCUGGAUUCUCAAACUGUUGGGGAACAAAUGAUUGCAUUGUCUGGAAACUUCUUAGCUUCCGACAUAUAA